UUGCGGAAUUGUUUUGUGGCAAAAGUGCAUUGAGUUUUAGUCGCAUUAAUAUUGAAAAUAAUUUUUAUGUGCUGUGUUUUUUUUUGCUUGCUAUUUACACCUCAAAAAGAAAUUGGGUAUUUGAAUUUCAAACGGGCAAGAUUACCCAGAAUGGGUUGCGGUCUUGCGGCCGAAAAGUAAAUAAUGACAAACUAGGAACUUGAACCUUUGUUUGUAAAUUAUGGCAUCGCUAGACCUAAUCCCAGCACCACAUAAUGUCAUCGAGCAUAUGCCCAUCGGUCAUGUUAUGCCAAUAAGCAGAAAUGGUGAUUAGUAAUACUGGAAAUCAGUUUAAAACAUAAAGCGUUGCUAGACGGUCUAGCUAUAGGCGGCGGACGCAUAAUUUUCAAUGCGAUAUCGUCUCGGGCACUUCAUUUUUAGUGUGUGUUCUGCGUUGUAACAAAAGAAAAUACAAUUGUACAAACAUGAUUCUGCGAUGAACUUUGAUCGGUUUUGAAUCACUUCCAAAUGCAACUUUUUUUUUAUUCUCGAUGGAUGGUCGGAUUUAAGUGCAAGCAAAGAGAGCCAAGUGACUGAUGGCAAUGUUUAUCAACAAUUUAAAGUGGAUCAAAAAACAAAUGUGAUUAAAAUGGAAUAGUAAAGUGUGGUCUUUUGAAAGACUAGUUCUCAAUCUAAAUAUUGACGAAACGAUUUUUAUAAAUAGGAAAUCUUUAUAACGCAAUUGACUAACAUUUGUUGUUUCGUUGUAAAAAAGUCUGUUUCAUAUAUUUUCAAAAAAAUAAAAUAAGUUUCCUUUCCCGAAAUUACAUUCAUAGUUUCCUUGCUAAUCAUGAUUUGUCAAAAUUAAGAAAUCAUGAAGCAGUCGAUAUAAAAUAAAAACUAUCAGGACGAAAAGGAGAGGAAAGCUAAGCUUAAGAAAAUGUUAAACAUCGACCACAUAUAUGCUGGUGGCACUUGCGAAAGAGUUUCCACAACUCCCAUGGACAUCGGAGAUGAGCACUUCAACAAUGCCGGCAAAGCAGCAGAUGCUUCAAAAGCGACUAAAAACCACCAUAGCGACAACAAUGACAACCUCAAAGACCUCUCUCAGCAUGAAAAUGCGACAAUACAUAAAUGUGAUAACUCCCUGAUAUACAACUAUCCCCCUAACCAAAGCUCCCCCGAUGAGACACCUGAGAAUGUCCCUGCAUCGGUUGAAGAUGACGCGGAUGAUGAGGAAAAUGAGGACGUAAUCACAGACUCCGAGGAGCAAUUGGCGGACGCUGAUUGUGGCCUCUCUAGAUUGUACGUGAGUGAAGUGGAAAUCGAUAGACGUGAGGAAGAGGAAACUAUCACCGAACUGGUCAAUGCCACCAACGAGGAGAAGCUCAUGCAAGAAGAGCAGAACAAGAGCAUGCGAGUGGCUUUCGGAGUCAUUCUGCGGCUAAUAUUUCCCCUGGCCAAUGGUGUUGUGCGAGGUAUUAAAGGCAUCAGAGAUGUGCGUUUUUUAAAAGUUUUACGUAGUAUUGCUUCUAGCCGCCAGUCAUUAUCAAAUUUAUUUGCUUUUGCCGCUAAUACCAUUUCCAUGAAUUUGUCCUCGGUCCAAGUAUCGCAUCGCCUUGAGCCAAUUUUGAAGCUAUUGAAAAUUCGUAAGUCGGGUGAUGGCAUAGAAAGUCUGCCAGAUGUAUCCAAUUCCACGCCCAGUAGUCCAGAUAUAUCGAGUCCCCCGACUACGCCAGAAGGUACACCGCAGUCUCCGUUAUUUUCUCCUUUUUUGCGUGAACCCAGGGCGUCUUUGUCCAACUUUCAGAGCAAAAACAAGACAGUUCCAUUCGAGGAGCAAUUGGCCCCAAAAUGUUGCACAAUAAAUAUUUUGGCCGAACCCCCACCGGGGCAGCCCAUCCGGGCGGACAUUGUAUUAAUACAUGGAUUACAUGGAUCGUUGGUAAACACGUGGAAGCAGGGUUUGUGGGAGAAUGAACGAAAGCCGGUGGAAUUUGACCGGCCACCCAAACCCCCGGUGCGGCCACCAAAGAGACCACGUCACUCGCGCACCGCUCUGGCACAUCCGCCGCAUAAGCAGAAAAGGGCGCGAUUUAUUCAUCCUGAACAGAAACAGCAUUCCAAUGAAGAAGCUGACGAAUUCGAAGAUGCAGAAUAUUCUUUUAUAUGCGGAGAACCCAACGACGUUCAAGAUUGCGAAGGCAUUGAAUACAGUUUCCCCACUUUCCGUUUACGCAUGAACGACAAUGGUCGCCUUAUGCAAGCUGAAAUCGAUUCCAUGCUCAAUGAGGAUGAAAAAUCACCUACCCAUGCCGAGGAUAAAGAAAACCAGGAUAACAACAAUGAUUCAACCAAGAAGAACACAAAACCCCCCAAACCUUCGCCAAAUGAUCCGAAUUAUUCCAAAUGUUGGCCCGGUGAUUGGCUACCUAUCGAUUGCCCCGGUGUUCGUGUAAUAGCUGUCAACUAUACCACAGAUCAGUAUCUCUGGCGUCCGCUGUGGAAAAAGAAACAGACACGUUCCAAUCUCACUCAGAGAGCUAGAGAAAUGGCCGAACUUUUGAUAGAAAAACGUGUGGGCUAUGGCCAUCCAAUUGUGUGGGUUGGCCACUCCAAGGGAGGACUCUUUAUCAAGCAGAUUAUUGUGGAUGCUUGGGAAAGUGGUCGUCCGGCAGCAGCUCCCUUCUGGCGUGCAGCAAGAGGAGUUUUCUUUUAUUCCGUGCCACAUCGGGGCUCCCAUUUGGCCUCAAUAAAGGCUCCCUUUCUGGCACGCUCUGUGGAGUUGAUUGAUAUUGAGAAGAAUAGCAAAUAUCUAUUGGAUUUACAUCGCCGUUUCGUUGGCCUGUAUCAUUUGGGUCACUUGAAAAUCGAAGUUUUUAGUUUUGUGGAAACCGCUCUAACCCUGAUGUCCGUUUUAUAUUUGCGUAUUGUCGGUGUAGAUUCUGCCGAUCCUGGCAUUGGUGAUGUCUGCGGCAUACGUUUGGACCAUCGUGAAAUUUGUAAACCUCGUAAUCGUGAUUGUAUUUUGUACAAACAAUUAGUUAAUAUGAUUAACAAAGUUUGUUAAAUUCUCUCUACUUGUUGUACAAACACAAUUUUUAUACCUGUAAAGAAGCCAUUUGAAUUUAUUUAGUUUUAGUCUAGUAUCCAUAAGAAACCCCCCACAACUUUUUAUACAACAAACAAAAUAAUUAAAAAAAAAAAAAAAAAAAAAUCAUGUCCGAGAAUGAUGCACUUUUUGCUAGACUUCCAGAUAUUAUACAUAAGCAUGAAUUGUGAUCAGUGUUAACGCAACGUACCUAUGUGAUCGAUCCAUUGAUAUUCAAUAAAAGAAGAAAAAAAAUACAAUAAACAAAAACGGGUUGCUCCUACCUAUUACUAUAUCGUAUUACAUAGAUGUUAAAGGAAUGCAUAUUAAAUAUUUGUAAAUGUUGAUGACUUGUAAAGUAACCACUUCUAUAUGUGUUAAACAGUAACAUUUGUAUACGAUUUGCUGAUUGACCUGCACUUCACGACCCAUUCAACAAAAUACUAAGAAGACAUUUUUUUAUUUUUUAAUAUACACGAAGGGGUCACUUGUAAUAAUUUUGUAAAUGCUAAAGAACUUUGUAGAGUAUAAGAUUUUAUGUUAUCGCUGAGUGGAUAAUGCUAUCGAUUUUAAAGGUUCUUAAACAAUUGUUUUACCCUACACCACUACUGUGCUUUAUGUUGUAGCAAACGGGGCAAACGGUUAUAAUUAUCUGUUAUCGAUAACUAUCCAAUACAACUUGGCACUAUAAUUCUAUGCAGUAUAUCUGAGGAUUGAAAUGAACCAGACAAUUGACACAAAAUCGAGUUUUUGUUUUUGCAAGUCUAUUGACAGGACUUCCUUUGUAAUUUUGGAAAAAUAACUCAGUCAGGCCUUCUUUUUUUUAAUAAAUUUGUUGUUAUUGCAUAGUGUUUUUGUAUAUAGUUUUUGUAAACUUUAUAUUGUUAUAGGCAGGCCUAGUGUAUCUAUCUUUAUUUUCAUAGUGUAUUUUGUGGUUCUUAAAUGCACACACGCAUACACACAUUUGUACCUUUGUAAUAUUUGGUCGUUAAUAUCACAUUCAAAAAUGUUUUGAUUUCAUUGUUCAUAUAAGUGAAUAAAAAUUUAUAUUUGAUUAAAAUAA